UUUCCUUUCAAGAAUUACUGCCCAGUGGCAGGAACCUGGAGGAAGAGGUCACUGUGUGGUUUAGUAAGAGGCGCUUGGAAGGACAGGGUGGUGAGCAGCGGGACAGACGGCCGGAGAGGAGGACGCAGCAGCGGCCCCACUUGAGAGCACAGAAAAAGCCGCGGCGGAGCCUUGCGCCGCUCAGGUGGCCCUUUCCCGCUCAGGUGAGCGCCUCCCCGCCUCCCAUUGGCCGAGGCGCUCGCGGUGCCGGGAGGGCGACGCAGCCCGGUCUAGUUCAGGGUCUAGGGCGGCGCGUCACUUCCGGUAGCGCGGAGCUUGUAAAACACCCUGGAGAGAAAAUGGCGGCGGCAGCGGCUUCGUCGCCCCAGCAGCUUUCGGAUGAGGAGCUUUUUUCUCAGCUCCGCCGUUACGGCCUGUCUCCCGGCCCCGUGACAGAGAGCACCCGCCCGGUCUACCUCAAGAAGCUAAAGAAGCUUUGGGAGGAAGAGCAGCAGCAGCAUCGGUCAGGGGGCCGCGGCAACAAGACGCGGAACAGUAAUAACAAUAACACGGCAGCCGCCACGGUCGCGGCCGCUGGACCCACGGCGGCGGGGGCGGCGGGGGCGGCGGGGAUGGGGGUCAGGCCGGUCUCGGGCGACCUGUCCUACUUGCGGACCCCUGGGGGCCUGAGCCGAAUCGCGGCCUCGGGUUCGGAGACCCCCCCGGGAGGGCCCGUGGCCGCCGCAGCCGCCCCCACGGCUGGCAGCAAAGUGUUGCUGGGCUUCAGCUCGGACGAGUCGGACGUGGAGGCCAGUCCCCGGGACCAGGCCGGCGGCAGUGGCAGCAGGAAGGACCGGGCUGUGCUCCAGUACCGCGGGCUCAAAGCGCCGCCGGCGCCCCUGGCCGCCAGCGAGGUGACUAACAGCCACUCGGCCGAGCGGAGGAAGCCCCACUCGUGGUGGGGGGCCAGGAGAUCGGAGGGCGCGGAGCUGCAGAUCCAGUCGGGGAAAGAUGCGGCGGUGGAGGACGAGGAGGAGGAGGGAGACGACCGGGAGGACGGAGACCCCGAGGCGGAGGAGCCGCUGUGGGCGAGCCGAGCCGUGAACGGCAGCCGCCUUCUUCCCUACAGCUGCCGGGAAAACUAUUCGGACUCGGAGGAAGAGGAGGUGGACGACGUGGCCUCCACCAGACAGGUACUAAAGGAUGACUCCUUUUCCCGGCAUCGGCCCAGACGCAGCCAUAGUAAGCCUCUCUCCCCUUUGACUGCUAAAUCUGCCGGCAGCAGGCUGGAGACCUCAGUUCAAGGAGGGGGAGGACUUGCGAUGAAUGACAGGGCGGCGGCUGCGGGUAGUCUAGACUGGAGUCGAAACCUCGAAGAGGCGGCGACGGAGCAAGGAGGUGGGUGCGAUCGAGUGGACUCCAGCCCCAUUCCUAGAUACCGUGUAAGCUCAAAGAAACUGGCCCCUCUCCUGUCCUCGCCGCUUCCCGACUUGGACUCAACCUUGGAUUCGUCUACAGGCUCUCUUCUUAAAACUAACAAUCACAUCGGCGGUGGGACCUUCAGUGUGGACUCCUCCAGGAUUUAUUCCAACAGCCUCCCUCCCAGUGCUGGAGCCACCCCUAGUUCACUCAGGAUCAAUCACGCCAACCAUACCGGCUCCAAUCAUACCUACCUGAAAAACACAUACAACAAACAGAAGCUUUCCGAACCUGAGGAGGAACUUCUGCAGCAGUUUAAACGGGAGGAGGUUUCCCUACCAGGAAGUUUCAGUGCUCACUACUUGUCCAUGGUUCUCCUAACUGCUGCCUGCUUAUUUUUCCUAAUACUGGGACUAACUUACCUAGGAAUGAGAGGGACUGGAGUAUCCGAGGAUGGAGGACUCAUAAAAGACCCAUUUGAUGCAACAUUUGGAAAAAUACAAGAAAGUGAGAAGAAUCUUAUGUUGAGCACAUUAUAUAAACUUCAUGAUCGAUUGGCACAGCUUGCAGGAGAUCAUGAAUGUGGCAGUUCUAGUCAAAGAACACUUUCUGUUCAAGAGGCAGCUGCAUAUUUAAAAGAUUUAGGUCCUGAAUAUGAAGAUAUAUUUAACACCUCAUUGCAGUGGAUUUUAGAAAAUGGGAAAGAUAUUGGAAUAAGGUGUGUUGGUUAUGGCCCUCAGGAAGAAUUGAGAAAUAUAACUGAUGUGCAGUUUUUACAGUCCACAAGACCACAGAUGUCUUUCUGGUGUCGUUUUCGAUGUGCUUUUAUUACUGUAACCCACAGAUUAUUGUUGUUAUGUUUAGGUAAGUUGUUAGGAUGAGAAAGGUGAUACAUUGCAGUCUAGAAAUUUUGUGUGUCUGUAUUUUACUGAAUGCCAGAGCUGAGAGUCUACUUCCCACUUCUGUGAUGGAUGUCAUAUAAAACACAUCCAGAAACCUUCACUAAAUAAAGCUGAGGGGUUGUUAUAAUGUCAAUAUUAAACUAAGGGCUUAGAAAACAGUAAUAUAAGGAGAGAGGCAUAAAUAAAACUUUGUUAUAAGAAUAUCAUAAAAAGAGCAAGUAUAUUUAGCAUGUAUAUAGAAAUCUACUUUAGAGACCAGAUGUGAUGGCACAUGCCUGAAAUUGCAGCACUUGAGAGGCUGAGGCA